AUAUAAGCAGAAAUAAAGACAAUCCCAUUCAUUAAAAAUGGGGCAUGUGCUCACGAUCAGGGUUUUCAACCAUUGGAAAUGAUGAUCAAAUCAUUAGCAUGGAGGGCAGAUGAGGGGGCGUCAGGAGCAGAAAGAGAGAGAGAGUGAAAGAGUAAGUCAUUAGCUCAUUACAGCAGUACUUCUCUCAUAUUCUUCGAAUGGUUAGGGAGUGUGUUAGGCACAGUUAAAAAAUCUCUAUUAAGGACAACUACGUGGACAAAAGAGCAAACGAUCUAAUUGAGCAUUUAACAUUUAACCAUUACUUUUUUUUAGUAAGAUUAAAUCACUACUAGAUGAAUAUGGACUUGAAGAAGUGAACUGCUUUAUUGUUACUCAAAGAAUCCCUGGAAGAAGAUCUGGAGUGUGUGGACCAAGAGCUUGAAGAAUGCAGGCUGUGCCUGGUUUUAGGUGCAAAGAGCAGGGCGAGGGCUCUUUGCAGCAACUCAUGCCAAGAAUGGUACGGGUAACAGGAUCAGGAGGAUCAGGCUCCAGUGCUGGGGGUCUCCAGGGGCCUCACAGAUCUUCUAAACCCCCUCGUGAGCUCAGUGUGGAAGAGCAACAGGAGCUACGGAGAAAGAUCAACAGUCGUGAGAGAAAGAGAAUGCAGGACCUUAACGUGGCCAUGGAUGCAUUACGGGAGGUCAUGGUGCCCUACUCUUCUCCAACCGGUGUAGGUGGAGCACUGCAGCACUCUUACCUCCCUCCUGGAGCUCCUCUGACCGGGCGCCGCCUGUCAAAGAUCUCCACGCUGGUGCUGGCCCGUAACUACAUCCUGCUCCUAGGCUCCUCCUUGCAGGAGAUGAGGCGUCUGCUGGGCGAGGUCAGCAUCGGGAUGGGUGUCAGCGGGACUGUACCACGUCUGCUGCUGACAGGGGGGUGGCCAUUUCUUACCGGGCCAGGACAGCUUCUGCUUUCCCCUCCUGAGCAGCAAAUGGGUGCAGCAAAGUGCCCUCUUCUGUCUCAGGGUACCCAGGAGGAGCCCUUGACAUGGGGGUCAGGCAGCAUGUUGGAGAGCCCGGUGUGCCAGUGUGGGGUGUGCCGGACCCCACGGGUGGUGCAUGUUAAUCCCACCACACGCUUCCCAAAAUGAUUCCAACAUGAUUUGGAGAAAGUCAAAAAAAGAACAAUACAACAACAUGCAGUUUUUAAUGUCUGUGAAGGGGAUGUCUGGUUCAUUUUUUGGUAACACUUUACAAAAAGGUUCAAUUUGUUAACAUUUCGAAUAAUUCACAUAAUUCAUAAUUCAAAAACUAAAGUUCUUUCAUAUGGUUGAAAAAUGCCAUGGUUGAAAAAUGGUUGAAAAAUUAUGACAACAUUUUUUGGUAAACUGUCCCUAAGUAUCCAAAACAAACACUUUUACAGCAUUUAUUACAUUUUAGUUCAUGUCAAUUUUCACAUAUACUAAUACAUUUUUAACAUUUCAACUUGAAUGUGCAAAUUUGCAUUUGGCUAACUAAACCUUUUUAAGUGUUACCACUUUUUCCUUUUGCAAAACCCUCCUGUAUAUGUUUUCCAUACAGUUGUUCUCUUCUUUGUGUUUGCUAAGAAUUAAACUAGUAAUACUGAAAGAGUGUGUGUGUGUGCAUCAGUUGUUUGAAACUGCUACAAAAGUUAAUCUCUCAGCACAUUUCCUGUUUUUACAUCUUGUUCUCUGUAGUAAGCAUGUGCAUAUGUGUGUGUGCUCUGCUGCAUCCAAACGGAUAGAAAUAAUUAAUUGUGCACCCCUUUUGCAGCACAUGAACGGAGGCUUUCUUUCACCACAGCCUUCCAUGAACCCAUCCCAUUCAACUCCCCAAACAAACCCCACAUCAAACCCGGCAACCCCAUAAUAAUUAGCCCACACUCUUUCUUCAGCUUCACCAUCUUUAAUCCACUCCCUCAUUCGCUGCUUGUCGAGGUAAAUGCGU